CAUUUGUCAUCACGGCAGCCACGGAUAAGUAAUUGCGAGAGGCUAUAUUCACACAGCACGCAAGAAUGCUGAGGCGGUCUAGCUGCAUUUUGAUUCAUUUAUAUAGAGAAACAGCCUCCUGUUGAGCACCCUUCUCACCAAAGUCUGCUAAAUUAACCACAAACCCCUUGACCAAACAAGCCAUGGCUGAAUCCAAGAAGCUGCACCUCACGGCCUUCAUGCGCCCGGUGAGCCUCCACACGGGGGCGUGGCGGUACCCGGGGGCGUAUGCCGACGCCAACUUCAACCUAGGGCACCUCAAGUCCUUCAUCCAGAAGCUCGAGGCGGCCAAGUUCGACGCCUUCUUCAUGGCGGACCACCUGGCGGUGCUGAACAUGCCGGUCGAGGCGCUCAAGCGCAGCCACACCGUCACAUCGUUCGAGCCCUUCACGCUGCUGUCGGCGCUGUCGGUGGUGACCGAGCGCAUUGGGCUGGCGGCCACGGCGUCGACCACCUACGACGAGCCGUACCACGUGGCGCGGCGCUUCGCGUCGCUCGACCACCUCAGCAGCGGCCGCGCCGGCUGGAACAUCGUCACCACGGGCAACCCCGAGUCGUCUAAGAACUUUGGCCGUGACGAGCACCUCGAGCACAGCGAGCGCUACAAGCGCGCGCGCGAGUUCUACGACGUCGUGACUGGUCUGUGGGACAGCUUCGCCGACGACGCCUUCGUGCGCGACCCGGCCUCGGGCGUCUACUUCGACCCCGACAAGCUGCACGUGCUCAACCACAAGGGUGACGACCUGGCCGUGCGCGGCCCUCUUAACAUGGCCCGCCCCGUGCAGGGCUGGCCCGUCAUCAUCCAGGCCGGCCAGUCGGACCCGGGGCGGCAGCUGGCCGCCGAAACCGCCGAGGCCGUCUUCUGCUCGCCGCGCGACCUCGCGUCGGCCAAGGCGCUGUAUGCGGACAUCAAGGGCAGGGCGGCAGCCGCGGGCCGCAGCCGCGAGCACCUCAAGAUCCUGCCGGCGGCCUUCAUCGUGGUGGGUGACUCGGCCGAGGACGCGCGGGCGAAGCGGCUCAAGCUCGACAGCCUGGUGCACUACGACAGCGCCAUCGCGUCGCUGUCGGUGGCGCUGGGCAGCGACGCGACGGGGUUUGAUCCGGACGCGCCGCUGCCCGUCGAUCAGAUCCCCGACACCAACGCCAGCAAGACCAGCCUGGCCAGCGUGCUCAAGCUGGCCGCCGACGAGCAGCUCACCGUGCGCCAGCUCGCCGGCCGCUACGGCGGAUACUCGGGCCUCGCCUUUGUGGGCACCCCGCAGACCAUCGCCGACGAGAUGGCUGUGUGGUUGGCUGAGGAGGCCGCGGAUGGCUUCACUGUCGUGUUUCCGUUCCUACCCCAGGGCCUCGACGACGUCACGCUGAAGCUCGUGCCCGAGCUGCAGCGCCGCGGGCUAUUCCGUGAGGAUUAUGAGGGCACGACGCUGCGCGAACACCUCGGUCUGCCGCGGCCCGAGAACCGCUUCUUCCCCAAGUCGUAGGGCUGCGCGGUGGUUCGCAGCAGGAAAAUGUUAAAUGGUGCUAGGAAUAGUUAAUUACAAAAACAGUUAAAUUAACGUCCAAUGUUGAAGGACUGUGCCAGCUUUCGAGUCUGCAGUGGCUGCUAUUGUUCUUUUUGCCCUUGGACGUUUAAUCAGCUCUGACGAUUUGAUAAACCUUGCCCGACGUGUUCUUCUUUAGACAAGACGGAAUGGAUAUUUAAUUCAAUGAGUUUAAUUGGGCCUUGAUUAGAUAGAAUAGAACACGCGGUAUCCAAGUGCCAAAAGCAUAAAAGAGCACGAGAACGGAAAAGCUUCGUAGGAGUUCUUUUCGUUAUCUUCACCUUAUCUUCACCUCUUUACCUUCACCUUAUCUUCACCUCCUUAUCUUCACCUUAUCUUCACAUCCUUUAAGAAGCAACCUUCCAUAGUCUUGGUUCUAAACCCA